AAUCUGCUAUUUUUACAGUUAUAUUAUAACUACACUACAUUGAAUCCCUCGUUUCGCCGGCUUUUUUGAAAUAUGCAGAUCUAUCAUGAUAAGCCGAGUAAACGCAAAGCAUUUAAUUCGAAGAAUGAAGAUGGAGUGAAAAAAAGGAAAACUGCUACGUACACUGAGAGCAAACGCCAUGUUUGCCAAGAAUGUGGGAAAGUAUUAAGCACACCAAACGCUCUAAAUAGACACAUGCUCAUUCACAAAGGAGACAGGCCAUUCGAAUGUGAGAUAUGUAACAAGAAGUUCACUCAAAGUGGUCAUUUGACCAGACAUAUAUCAGUGGUACAUAUGGGAGAGAGAAAAUACCCCUGUGAUGUCUGUGGAAAACACUUCUCAGAAAUGUCUCAUGUAAAGAAGCAUUACGCCAGAAUACACGCGGCAAAAGAAGCAGUCAAUAACAAGCCAAUGCCAUUUACCUGCGAAGUUUGUGGGAAACCCUUUAUGUUUGAAUUAUAUUUGAAUAAUCACAGAGUCGUGCACACCGGGGAAAAACCUUAUACAUGCGAAGUUUGUGGCAAAUGCUUCGGUUAUAAAUCAUCCUUGAACAAACAUAUGCUAACACACAUGGGACAAAAUCAUGUCAGAAGACCUUUUGCACGUGAAAUAUGCGGAGCCAAGUAUGAGAAGAAACUUAAACUGCAACAGCACAGCGUUGUACACACUGGCGUAAAACCAUACUCUUGCGAUCUGUGUGGGAAAACUUUUGGGUGGAAAAAAAGCGUAAGAAUACACAAGAUAUCAUCGUGCUUUGCCAAACAUGCACAUUCAGAAACUCACUCGUGAAUGUAAAAGCAUUUACGUUGUGUAAGUCUUAGAACACUUUCGUUUGCAUAUUCAUCUCACACACCGCUCUUGGUGUUGUUUUUGUUUUAUAUCAGGUUUUAGGACAUACGUUGAUACUUUUUUAACCGAAGUGCUCGAUUUUUUUCUCCCACUUUUGUAUUUAUUACUGUUAUGCAUAAAUCACCAGUGUCUCCGCUCAAAUAAUUAUUGUUUUUUUUUGGCCCUCCUCAAAUAUGAAAUAGUAUUUUUUACUCUAUUUUAUAUUUUUGUUUGUACAAAAUGUCUUUUCAUUAUGUUAUUAAAUAAACGACCGAUUUGUGUUAUCUGCAAA